CAGCUCCGCUCGUCUCAAAAGAACGCAUUCAUCACUCUCAAAAAUGUGCCUCUCGAUCUUCCACCCGACAACGACGUAUUGCGGCCGCAAUCGAACCACUACGAUCUGCAUUCGUUGUUCAAUUUGUCGAUGGAAGUUUUCACUGCCUUCCGUGGCAGAACACGGCGAAUACUAAUCAGACUUUGUUGUUUGGCUUCUUCCCUGGGCUUAUUGUUUUACACCGAUUGUGAACUGAUCGCGUGUCUGUCUAGGCCGCAGGUUCUUCGCCUGCAAAUAGCAAAUGUUCGCUAUACACAAGAUACCCCGCUUCCCGGAUAACGGUUUAAUCGAAAUCAACUGUUCGUGGAAUGCCUCGAACAUUGAAGUGAUUUCAUGAUGACGGACUCAUUUUGCAGUAACGAGAGCAACGAAUCAGCAGCUCAAGCACUUAAGGAGAAACUGGAGGACGAUGCCCAACGUUUAAGUGACGUCGCUGCAGAACAUUUCCUCCAGAAGCUCAAGGCUAGCAUCAAGACCGAACCUCGCAAAGCCACUUUGUAUUGCGAAGGCUUCGUCCACUUCCAGGGAAGCGUCAACGAGACUUAUUGGGAAGAAUCAUUAUCGACCAUUAAUCCUCCAGUGAAUAUUCGAUUCAGACCCAAUGGCGAGGGCGACACUUCAAAUAUCGAGAAACAGAUUAUCUCAUUAGAAGAGCUGCAUUCUUUGUUAUCCGCUUAUUGUCCUGCAUCUUUCAGUCUUAGAGAGGAAAGCGUUAUCAACAGGGAAUUUCGAAAAGCCAGCAGGCUUACCAGCUCUGAGUUUACUACUACCUUCUGUCCGUAUGAAGCAGGAAUUAUUGACGUUAUUACACAACUCCUCCUUCCGCAAACAAAUCAAAAGAAGCACAAACGCAGCUUCAGAAUCAAAAAUCCCACUAUCGAACGCCAUUUACCGCCACUAACAGCAGUGAUGCAGGCCGAGUUCUACAGCCUAAAGGUCUAUAGUACACCAUGGGGGAAGCGUGAGAUUGACACACCACGAAAGUUGAAGAGGAACAGGAAGCCUUGGACAUAUGACUGGCGCACCUUCGUCAGCCCUCAACCCUGCCCAGUUGGCCCUAUAAGAGCCACUCAGAAAGUUUCUCAGAGCUCCAGCCUUCAUGACACAAGGUCGAGUUCUCGCGGCUUGGCUCAGACACAGUUAUUCUCACUUUACACCAACAUGAAUACGAACUUUCUUCCAAGCUCUCUCAAAGGCGCAGACAUGUUAUUAUACAAGGCCGCAUGUGCUCUUGGUCUUUGGUGUAGAGCGGUACCGGGUCUCAUGGUACCACGUGCAUUCAGCGAGUAUUACUCUUGGAAAAGAAAGACAAAGAGAAGAGUAUUAUUUUCAUCAACACGAUUCGGGCUAUAACAAGAAUCCUGAUGGUAGUGAUCUCGACGAACAUGGAGACGUCCCUUGGAGAGCUUUUGGUAUCGAACUGCCUGUUGGCAAAGUGACAUGGUUGAAUUUGGAUCUCGAUGAGGAAGAUGAGGUGUACGCAAAUGAAGUUCGUGGCCGACCAGAUUC